AGCAUCUCGCCAGUGAAGAAAAAGAAGAGGAAAAGGAUAUGUGAUGAUGGUUGCAGCAAAGCAAAGGUUUGCAGUUGGUGCAGUGUUAAAUCAGUCCCACGAAUUCAUUCACAGAGAGAGGGAGGGAGAGUUGGUACUUGCUCAUCACCAUCAAUCCUUUUCAUGGGUCUCCACUUCAUCAACCUUUAACCUACCACCAUAUAUAUAUAUAUAUACAUAUUAUGGUGUUUUUCCAAAAAGCAUUUUAUCAUUC